AUGCCAUUUAAAAGUGCCACUCUCUGGUCUCCUGCAGGUAAUAGUGGUUCAAAUAGAAGCAUUUUGGAAGCGGCGCGGCUCUCACACAGCGCAGAGCACUCACAAAAGGCCAAACCAAUCAGAAAGCUCUCCACAUGGAACAGUGCGUCUCUGCGGCAGCAUCAGGCCGACCACAGCACCGGCCUCAGCACCGGCCUCAGCACCGGCCUCAGCACCGACCACAGCACCGGCCUCAGCACCGGCCUCAGCCUCGGCCUCAGCACCGGCCUCAGCACCGGCCUCAGCACCGGCCUCAGCACCGGCCUCAGCACCGGCCUCAGCGUCGGCCUCAGCGUCGGCCUCGGCGUCGGCCUCGGCACCGGCCUCGGCACCGGCCUCGGCACCGGCCUCGGCGCCGGCCUCGGCGCCGGCCUCGGCGCCGGCCUCGGCACCGGCCUCAGCACCGGCCUCAGCACCGGCCUCAGCCUCAGCACCGGCCUCAGCACCGGCCUCAGCACCGGCCUCAGCACCAGCCUCAGCACCGGCCUCAGCCCCGGCCUCAGCACCAGCCUCAGCACCGGCCUCAGCCUCAGCCUCAGCACCAGCCUCAGCACCGGCCUCAGCACCGGCCUCAGCACCAGCCUCAGCACCGGCCUCAGCACCAGCCUCAGCCUCAGCCUCAGCACCAGCCUCAGCCUCAGCCUCAGCACCAGCCUCAGCACCAGCCUCAGCACCGGCCUCAGCCUCAGCCUCAGCACCGGCCUCAGCCCCGGCCUCAGCACCAGCCUCAGCACCGGCCUCAGCACCGGCCUCAGCACCGGCCUCAGCACCGGCCUCAGCCCCGGCCUCAGCACCAGCCUCAGCACCGGCCUCAGCACCGGCCUCAGCCUCAGCCUCAGCACCAGCCUCAGCACCGGCCUCAGCCCCGGCCUCAGCACCAGCCUCAGCACCAGCCUCAGCACCGGCCUCAGCCUCAGCCUCAGCACCAGCCUCAGCACCGGCCUCAGCACCGGCCUCAGCCUCAGCCUCAGCACCAGCCUCAGCUUCAGCCUCAGCACCGGCCUCGGCACCGGCCUCAGCCUCAGCACCGGCCUCAGCACCGGCCUCAGCACCGGCCUCAGCACCGGCCUCAGCACCGGCCUCAGCACCGGCCUCAGCCUCAGCCUCAGCACCAGCCUCAGCACCGGCCUCAGCACCGGCCUCAGCCUCAGCCUCAGCACCAGCCUCAGCACCGGCCUCAGCACCGGCCUCAGCACCGGCCUCAGCACCGGCCUCAGCACCGGCCUCAGCACCGGCCUCAGCACCGGCCUCAGCACCGGCCUCAGCACCGGCCUCAGCACCGGCCUCAGCACCGGCCUCCACUGA